UCCGCUCUCCUGGCCGAGAAGAUGGCGGCUCCUGGACCGGGGGAGUAUUUCAGCAUCGGGAGCCAUGUCUCCUGCCUCACCUGCUUAGGCCAGCGGCUCCAGGGGGAAGUUGUGGCGUUCGACUACCAGUCCAAGAUGCUGACUCUGAAAUGCGCUCCCUCGAGCGGGAAGCCGAACCUCAGCGACGUCGUCCUGAUAAAUUUAGCCUACGUUUCGGAGGUGGAUGUAAUCAACGACCGCACUGAAACUCCUCCUCCUUUAGCAUCGCUGAAUGUUAAUAAGCUUGCCAGCCGGGCGCGCACAGAAAAGGAAGAUAAGCUGUCUCAGGCAUAUGCAAUUAGCGCUGGAGUCUCCGUGGAGGGCCAGCAACUCUUUCAGACAAUACACAAAACCAUUAAAGACUGUAAAUGGCAGGAGAAGAAUAUAAUUGUGAUGGAUGAUGUUGUAAUCUCACCACCAUAUCAGGUGGACAACUGCAAAGGCAAAGAGGGAAGUGCGUUAAGUCAUGUACGCAAAAUAGUUGAGAAGCAUUUUAGAGAUGCGGAAAGCCAGAAGUCGAUGCAGCAUUCACAAGCACAGCAAACACAGAAGGACUCCACUUUAUCAUCUUGAGGCGGUUGUUUGGUUCACUUUGGUUCAGUUCAGCCCGGGGAAGAUGUUACCGUUUGUUUCCAUCGCCAGAUGAGGCCGCUGUCCCUUACCCUUUUGCGUCUGGUUCUGAGGAGGGUCCAGGGGAGAUGGAAACCAUUUUCAAAAAAAAAAAAAAAAAAAAGUGGGGGGUAAAAAUAAAUCAUUCGCCAAGUAGAGUAUUUAAAAAUAAUUUAACAAGAACCAACCAUAAAGUUUAUUCACCUAACUUUCCAUCUGAAACUCUUCCAUCAUUGACUUCCCAGCCUGUCAUUUUUUUUCCUUUAUUUUUCAUUCAACUCUUUUCCUGUCUUCCAUUUUUAAAGGCAAGUGGAACAGUUAGAAAGAUAUAUAAGAAAGAUUAUUUUGACUGUACCCAUGUUUAACUUUUGUAUUUUAUCGAAAUACACCAAAGUACCACAGCUAAGAUUGGCUGAAAUUUUUUUUGGGAGAAAGUUGUUUUCCCACAUAGUCCAACUGAGGGGAAUCCCAAGAAGGACCAAGAAAAUUUACCUAUGAGAAUUGCACCUAAAAAGAGAUGUUUACAUUUUUUAUUUUUUUAAUGAAGACUUGAUGUAAUUUCCCUUUCCCUGUAGCAAAAUCUCCUUUUCGUGCUCAUUUUUUACUUGAGAGGUGUCUUCUAUAGAAUUUUUAUUUUUGCCAAAGCCUUGUGCUGCAUGGUCAGGAAGCGGGUUGUGCAUGAUCUGGUGUUUACCGGAAUUAGGGUACAUGAAAUUGUACUGUACAAUCAAGGUUGCCAGACUGCAGAGAGUGGUUGAGUACAGGGUUAAAAUGACCAUGUGACCUUACCUUUUAUGGUACUAAAAUAAUUCCUUAAAUUGGUCCUUUAUUGUUCCUGCAAGGGGGACUGCUACUCUGAAAUCUGAACGUUCUGUGCUGUUAUGCAGUCUCUCUUGAAUAAUCCAUACUUGGUUAAUUUAACAGAUUCCAGCUCUCCCACCUUUCCUUUACUGCUACGAGCUACAUUCCUUCUGGCCCAAAAUGAUAAAUGUGAAAUUGUUAAGGAUUGUUACACGCAGGCUUUAGCCCCGCACUUUGGCGUCCACGGUGGGCAAAAUACAUACUGACAGUGGUUUGGAACUCGUAGCCCGAUGUGAGGCACAGCCACUGGCUUGAAGUAAGACGACGGGCAGCGAGGGCAGCCAACCAAGGGUUGUGAAUGGGGCUGCUCUGGUUUUCCUUCUCAGUAUUUUUUUUUUUAAUAGAAACAUGGAAAUAAAAGAAUAAAGUUGUAA